AUGUGGCGGGCGGUGUCGGGGGCGCGGCGGCUGCUGCGGCCGCUCGGGGCCGCGGCCGGGGGCACCCCGCGGGCGGUGCUGCCGCCACCCCGGGCCCCGCCGGGUCCCCGCGGGGGCUGCGCGGCGGCGGGAGCCGGAGCCGGGGCCGGGGCACUGGAGGCGGCGGCGGAGCGGCGCCAGGCGGCAGAUACUGUUCUUCAAAAAUUCAACAUUGACUUUGUUGUAGCACUGCUGAGGCAAGAAAACGCUAAAGACAUCUGUGUCAUCCAGCCACCUCCAGAAAUAAAGUACUGUGAUUAUUUUAUAAUUGUGAGUGGAUCUUCAACACGGCAUCUCCAUGCAAUGGCACAGUACAUGCUGAAAAUGUACAAGCAUCUCAAAGAAGAAAGUGAUCCUCAUACACAGAUUGAAGGAAAAGAGACAGAUGACUGGCUGUGCAUUGAUUUUGGUAACAUUGUGGUGCAUUUCAUGCUGCCAGAGGCACGAGAGGUUUAUGAAUUGGAGAAGCUGUGGACUCUCGGUCCCUACGAUGACCAGUUAACACAGAUGACUCCGCAGUCCCUGCCAGAAGACUUUAUAUUUGGACUGACUGCUAACAGCAGUGAUCAUCUUGAGACAAGAACUUAAUGCAGCUACUGUGUGGAAAGAGAACUGAGUGUGCCUUCACAGAUCAGAGAGGCUUGGGAACUGACUGAGCAGUCAGUACAGUUAUCAGUACAAAACAGUGUAUUUAGUGGAUGUGCCUAAGCAAAGUUCUAAACAAACUAAAAAAGUGAUCAGAAUCAUAGAAUCAUCAAGGUUGGAAAAGACCUUUAAGAUAAAGUCCAACCAUAAAAUAUCAAAGAGGCAAUCCUAUCAGAGCUUCCUGGGGGAGCUACUGUCCCAGUGGAGUUUGCAGUGAGAAGAGUGGGCCAAAGACAGCUGCUCAAGCUACUUACCCUGAAACUCAUGCUCAUCCUCUGAAGUAAUUGUUUUUUUAGUAUCUUUGAAAGACUUGCUUGUACUGGCAGUGCAAAACAGAUUUGAGUGCUGCAAGGAAAAACUGAAAUAGUACAGCUGAGAUGACGCUUCUUGUGUUAAGCUGUUUGCUUCUGGUCACAAUAAAGCAAGUCAUGGUCUGAGUUGAAGGGGGACAGAAAACAGACUGGUGUUACUGAGAACAUAAAAGCCAAGAGCAGCAGUGACAAAUAAAUGUGCUUUGAGUUAACAGAACAGUAAGUCAGUUUUUCGGCCAAAGCCAAUCUGUUUUUAAUAAUAAUAAAAAACCCAAACUGAA